AUGAGCGCCGGCUCUUCAACAAGCGGGCAUGACACUGGCACAGUGUCGCCCAAACAUGAUGCCUCUGUGUCUCUUGACCAUGGAAAAGAGAAGGAAGCUUUGGGGCCAUCCCCAAAGGACAAUGCCGCCUCCGACGUGAUGCCGGGGCCAGCAAAUUCUCCGAUGAGCGAGAAGAUGCAAAACAUCUUUAUGGUGUUUAUCACAUUGACCCAACUUGUCCAAAUGAUUCCUCUUGGUGCUGGUAUCAACUCUGGUCUUGCUAUUGGAAAGGCACUUGGCGCAACGGACGUACAGUCGGUCUGGAUCGUUGCCUCGUACCCAUUGACACAAGGCUCUUUUGUUCUUAUCGGCGGCCGUCUUGGUGCGAUCUAUGGCCAUAAAAACAUCCUCACUCUCGGUUGUGUAUGGUGGGUUGUCUGGGCUUUUUGUGGUGGAUUCUCAACCAAUUUGAUUUCGAUGUGCUUUAUGCGUGGACUGUGCGGUAUCGGCGGCGGCCUCAUGAUCCCUAACAUUGUCGCCUUGUUGGGUAUCACCUUUCCACCAGGGAAGAAAAGGAAUCUUGGCAUUGCUCUAUUCGGAGCAAUGGCUCCUGUUGGCGCGGCUGGUGGUUCUCUUAUCAGCGCAGUCAUUGUCCAGUUGUCGCAUUGGAAAUGGUUGUUCUUCAUGCUAGGCUUACUUGGUGUGGCGGUUUAUGGUGCUGCUAUCUUUUCGGUUGCUCCCGAUACCCCUCUAGAUCCCAACGGCACGGUCGACUGGGUUGGUGCAUAUCUAGGAGUUGGCGGACUUAUCUUGUUUAACUUCGUUUGGAAUCAAGCGGCACUUGUCGGCUGGGAUAGCCCUUACGAAAUUGCCCUCCUCAUCCUGUCUAUUAUUCACUUUGCAGGCUUUUCAUACUGGGAAAUGAAGGUCGCCAAGGAACCAAUCCUGCCUUUUAACAUCUGGAAGUCACCCUCGUUCGGCAAGCUCAUGUUGGUCAUCUUCCUCUCCUUCAUGAGUUUGGGCAUCUACUUUUGGUACAUGAACAUCUAUAUGCAAACGAUUCGGGGAGAUAGCUUGAUCAGGGUUGGUGUUCAGUACUUGCCACUCACUAUUGUCGGCGCCGCAAAUUCCUUCCUCGCCGCCUGGCUUAUCCCUCGAGUACCGGCCCAAGUCAUCAUUGGUAUGGGCACCGUGGCAAUGGUCAUUAUCAACGUGCUAUUGGCUACCAUUCCCGCCAAGCUGACCUAUUGGGCGAUGGCGUUCCCGGCAAUGUUUAUAUCCGCAUUUACGAUUGAUUUGAUCACCACCAGCGCUCAAAUCAUCGCCAGCAAUACUGUCAUGAUCCAGCAUCAAGGUAUUGCAGGGUCUUUGGUCGGUACACUACUCAGUUACGGCAUGAGUACUGGUCUUGGUUUUGCUGGAACUAUCGAGGUCCACACCUUUGAAGGCGGGAAAAAUCUUCUUCGGGGAUAUCACUCCGCUGCAUAUUUGGCAGUGGGCAUGUCCGCAGCAGCGUUGUUCCUCACUUUCUUUAUCCGCAUUCCCAAAGAUACCAGAGAGGGUUGGCAGGAAGAUGAUGUGGAAGCCGUUCGGAGAGAAGAGCCUAAUGGUGUUUGA